AUUCAUUCAUUGCCUUAACACUCUUCUUUCUCUCUCUCUCUCUCCUUUGUAUUGUAUCUCCUUCUUUCUUACGCGUCUUCAUUUCUACUCUCACACACACACACAAACUCUACUCUCUCUCUCUCUCUCUCUCUCUUUCUCUCUCUAAACAUUGUGCCACAGAUUAGGACCAGCAAGACGGUGGUGGUUGGCUUCUAAAGGAAUCAAACUACAAACCCACCACACAUUCAACUCUCAAUACUUUUCUUUUCUUUUUCCUUCUACCCCUCCAAAAAAAAAUUGAAUUUUUUUCGCUUCAAUUAUCAAUUACAAAAGGGUUCAUCUUCGAUCCGUUAAUGGGUUUUUGUUCACCAAUGCAAAAGUGGAUCUUUAUGUGAAAAAAAAACAAGAUAGUGUUGUUGUUUUGAUUUUGAAGAAGAAAGAGUAGUUUGAAGUAGAAGACCAAGUAGAAGAUUUGUUGUUGUGAGUGUCAGUGAUGCAUACCGGUGGUAGACUCAUUGCUGGUUCUCACAACAGGAACGAGUUUGUUCUCAUCAAUGCUGAAGAAAAUGGAAGGAUUAAGUCCGUCCGAGAAUUGAGUGGACAGAUAUGUCAGAUUUGUGGGGAUGAGAUUGAGGUUACCGUGGAUGGGGAGCCUUUUGUUGCUUGCAAUGAGUGUGCUUUCCCCGUUUGUCGGCCCUGCUACGAGUACGAGAGAAAAGAAGGGAAUCAGGCCUGCCCUCAGUGUAAGACCCGAUUCAAACGCAUAAAAGGUAGUUCAAGGGUUGAAGGCGAUGAAGACGAGGAUGAUACUGACGACUUAGACAAUGAGUUUGAUUAUGAUCCUGAUGCGAUGAGACAUCAACCGAUUUCUGAUUCAUUGUUUGCUGGGCGCCUUAACACUGGCCGUGGUUCGAAUGCUAAUAUAUCUGGCACAAAUUCAGAAAACGGAUCACCUCCUCUCAAUUCUGAAAUCCCACUCCUGACUUAUGGCGAGGAGGAUCCUGAGAUAUCUUCUGAUAGACAUGCUCUAAUUGUUCCACCGUAUGCGAAUCAUGGAAACCGAGUCCAUCCUAUGCCGUAUACCGAUCCAUCUAUUCCAUUGCAACCAAGACCUAUGGUUCCAAAGAAAGACAUUGCGGUAUAUGGAUAUGGUAGUGUGGCUUGGAAAGACCGAAUGGAGGAAUGGAAGAAAAGGCAGAGUGACAAACUUCAGGUGGUGAAACAUGAUGGGGAUAGCAACGAUGGAAAUUUCGGUGAUGAAUUUGAUGACCCUGAUUUGCCUAUGAUGGAUGAAGGAAGGCAGCCACUUUCUCGGAAAAUACCUGUUCCUUCGAGCAAGAUUAAUCCCUACAGGAUUAUUAUAAUACUCCGUCUUGUAAUCCUUGGGCUUUUUUUCCACUAUAGAAUUCUCCAUCCUGUUAACGAUGCAUAUGGCUUGUGGCUGACAUCAGUUAUAUGUGAAAUAUGGUUUGCUGUAUCUUGGAUAAUGGAUCAGUUUCCAAAAUGGUACCCGAUAACACGAGAAACAUACCUCGAUCGUCUAUCACUGAGAUACGAGAAAGAAGGGAAACCAUCUGAAUUGUCAUGUGUAGACGUCUUUGUUAGUACUGUCGAUCCUAUGAAAGAACCUCCACUGAUUACAGCAAACACUGUUCUAUCUAUCCUUGCUGUUGAUUAUCCAGUUGAUAAAGUUGCAUGCUAUGUCUCUGACGACGGUGCUGCUAUGCUCACUUUUGAAGCACUUUCCGAGACAUCUGAAUUCGCUAGGAAAUGGGUUCCCUUUUGCAAGAAAUAUAAUAUCGAGCCUCGGGCACCAGAAUGGUAUUUCGGUCAGAAGAUGGACUAUCUGAAAAAUAAAGUACAUCCGGCGUUUGUUAGGGAAAGGAGAGCAAUAAAGAGAGAUUAUGAAGAAUUUAAGGUGAGGAUUAACAGUCUCGUGGCAACAGCACAAAAGGUUCCUGAGGAUGGAUGGACCAUGCAGGAUGGGACUCCGUGGCCUGGAAAUAAUGUGAGGGAUCAUCCUGGCAUGAUUCAGGUGUUCCUCGGUCAUGAUGGUGUUCGCGAUGUUGAGGGAAAUGAGUUACCUCGCUUGGUCUAUGUUUCUCGAGAAAAGAGACCAGGGUUCGAUCACCACAAGAAGGCCGGUGCAAUGAAUUCUUUGGUACGGGCGGCAGCAAUUAUCACAAAUGCACCUUAUCUUCUGAACGUCGAUUGUGAUCACUACAUUAACAAUAGUAAGGCACUUAGAGAAGCCAUGUGUUUUAUGAUGGAUCCUCAACUUGGGAAGAAGAUCUGCUAUGUACAAUUUCCUCAAAGAUUUGAUGGAAUUGAUCGACACGAUAGAUACUCAAACAGAAAUGUUGUAUUUUUUGAUAUAAACAUGAAAGGAUUGGACGGAUUACAAGGUCCAAUUUACGUCGGAACUGGAUGUGUUUUCAGAAGGUAUGCACUUUACGGAUAUGAUGCACCUGUCAAGAAGAAGGCGCCAAGCAAAACCUGUAACUGUUUGCCGAAAUGGUGCUGCUUGUGCUUUGGUUCGAGAAAGAAAAAGAAUCUCAACAAUAAGAAAGAUAAAAAGAAGAAGGUGAAGCACAGCGAAACAUCAAAGCAGAUACACGCACUUGAAAAUAUCGAGGCAGGGAAUGAAGGAUCCAACAUUGAAAAGUCAUCCAAUUUGACUCAAUUGAAAUUGGAGAAGAGGUUUGGGCAAUCUCCUGUAUUUGUAGCCUCUACGCUUUUGGAGAACGGCGGAGUUCCACACGGAGUGAGUCCUGCAUCACUUUUAAAAGAAGCCAUCCAAGUUAUCAGUUGUGGUUAUGAAGACAAAACUGAAUGGGGAAAAGAGGUUGGGUGGAUCUAUGGUUCUGUGACAGAGGAUAUCUUGACUGGAUUCAAAAUGCAUUGCCAUGGUUGGCGGUCUGUGUAUUGUAUCCCUAAGCGGCCUGCAUUCAAGGGGUCUGCACCUAUCAAUCUUUCAGAUCGUCUACACCAAGUUCUUCGUUGGGCUCUUGGUUCCGUUGAGAUCUUUUUCAGCAAACAUUGCCCAAUCUGGUACGGAUAUGGCGGUGGGUUGAAGUUAUUGGAAAGAUUUUCCUACAUAAAUUCAGUCGUAUAUCCCUGGACUUCCCUCCCGCUGAUCGUCUAUUGUACUCUACCGGCCAUAUGUCUUCUGACCGGAAAAUUUAUCGUACCUGAGAUUAGCAACUAUGCUAGUCUCGUGUUCAUGGCCCUCUUCAUAUCCAUUGCAGCAACCGGUAUCCUUGAGAUGCAAUGGGGCGGUGUUGGAAUAGAUGAUUGGUGGAGGAAUGAACAGUUUUGGGUUAUUGGAGGUGCUUCAUCGCAUCUUUUCGCCCUUUUCCAAGGUUUACUAAAGGUUUUAGCUGGUGUGGACACCAACUUCACCGUCACAUCAAAAGCAGCCGACGACGGAGAAUUCUCGGAACUCUACGUCUUCAAGUGGACCUCACUGUUAAUCCCUCCAAUGACACUAUUGAUCAUGAACAUAGUUGGCGUGAUUGUCGGUGUCUCAGAUGCUAUCAAUAAUGGUUAUGACUCGUGGGGACCUCUCUUUGGUAGACUAUUCUUUGCACUUUGGGUCAUCAUACAUCUUUAUCCAUUCUUGAAGGGUUUGCUUGGGAAACAAGAUAGGAUGCCAACCAUUGUAUUGGUUUGGUCAAUCUUGCUAGCUUCCAUCUUGACUCUCUUGUGGGUUAGAGUCAACCCUUUUGUGUCAAGAGAUGGACCUGUCUUAGAAAUUUGUGGAUUGAAUUGUGAUGAGUCAUGAAUAAAAUAAAAAAGCUGAAGGUGUUUUUUUUCAGCUACUACUACUACACUUGCAUGUUUUGAAGAAGCAAUGCAUGUUUGAAUAUGACACGCUUCAACGUCACAAAAAAACGAUAAAAAGUCGCACAAAUUUUUGGAUGGAAGUUGUAUUUUUCGGUGUGUGUAGAUAAAGAGGAAGGAAAGCAAAAAGGGAAGGAAGGAAAGGGGGAGUUUGAACACAUUGUUACCUGUAAUAGGGGUUUUUUUCUUUUUCAUUUUAUUCUUUGAUUAUAUUUUCUGUGGUUUUUUAUUUUAAGUGUUGUUGUUGCUCUUUCCUUGUUUUCAUGUAUUCUUAAUAUAAGAAAGAGGCAUUGAAUGAUAGAUAAGUUAUUUCCCUCUUCAAAAUGAGGGAUCAGCAGUCUCAAGAAUUAGUUGUUGUCAGUCAUAUUUUAAGGUAUGGUUUUUUGUUUAAACCUUUGUGACAUGAACUAUCUAUCUUCCUCAUUUGUAAUACCAUCAGCUAUGGAUAUUCUUGUUCCUUACA